UUUUCUAGGUGCCAGUUCCUAUAAUUUCUAUGGAAAUCUCUUCAAAAAGGCAACAGCUGUACGUCGGAUCUGAGUCAGUCAUAGCGCAAGUGAAGUUCCACCAGUGUGACCUGUAUGGCACCGCCUGUGCUGACUGCUGCCUCGCUCGAGAUCCGUACUGCGCUUGGGAUGGGAUCUCCUGCUCCCGAUACUAUCCCACAGGAAUGCAGGCAAAGAGACGUUUCCGCAGACAAGAUGUUCGACACGGAAAUGCAGCGCAGCAGUGCUUUGGCCAGCAGUUCAUUGGUGAAGUUCUGGAGAAGACUGAGGAGCGACUUGUUUAUGGAAUAGAGUACAACAGCACCCUUCUGGAGUGCACCCCUCGGACCUUACAAGCAAAAGUAAUCUGGUUUGUCCAGCGAGCACAUGAAACUAAGAAGGAAGAAGUGAAGACAGAUGAUAGAAUAAUCAAAAUGGACCUUGGCCUCUUAUUCCUGAAGCUGCAUCGUCUGGAUGCAGGGACAUAUUUUUGUCAGACAGUGGAACACAGCAUUGUUCACACUGUCAGGAAGAUCACUCUGGAAAUAGUUGAGGAAGAACGCAUAGAUGAAAUGUUCAGUAAAGACUAUGAGGAGGAUAUACCUCACAAAAUGCCAUGCCCAAUGCAGAGCAGUAUACCUCAGGCAUCAAAGCCAUGGUACAAGGAAUUUCUUCAACUAAUAGGUUACAGCAACUUCCAGAGGGUGGAAGAAUACUGUGAAAAAGUCUGGUGUACAGAUAAGAAGAGAAAAAAGCUGAAAAUGUCUCCAUCCAAAUGGAAAUAUGCCAAUCCUCAGGAGAAGAAGGCAAGGAUCAGGCCAGAGCAUUACCGGUUGCCCAGGAACAUAGCUGACUCUUGAUGGACAAAAUCCAUCCACUGUUUCUGGGCAAAAUUUUAUUUGGACUUAAGUAAGAGGGAGAAAUCAGUCUUGGUUUUGGUAAAUGAUACAGGUUUAUAUAUAUAAAGUAUUGGGACUGAAAACAAAAAUGCUAUUGUAAGUUAUAAUGUACACUCAUGAUGACUGUUUAGAAGCAUUUUAAGCAAAAUCUUCUUAACUAUCUGAUUCUAAGUAGGUCGAUGCAAUCAGAGUUUUGUGUUAGGGAGGACAUG